AUGGCGCCAGGGCAGAUCAAGAUGCUCAUCGGCUCCAUUAGGAGGAAGCCAACGACGGCCCCGGACCGUAGGACGGACGACGAUGCAGCAGCGAACGCGAAGAUCGAGAAGACCUCGAUCAUGCACGAUAUCGUCCAUGGAAGCUUGAAGGAGAAGAAGUUCAUGGCUCAGGCUUUGACUACUCUGGCUUCUGGAGAACCUAUGAACGACAAAGAGCUACUGCUUGAAAAUGGCGUUUCAAUGCUGCAGUCAUUACCGCCCACGAGCGGGCUAUCUUCUACCGUCUCAGAUGGCUUCAUUAAGAUGCUUUACAACGACCUUCCGCAUCCCUCGGCCUCGAUUGCUGGCCCAACCGCGAGGUAUCGAAGGCACGAUGGUGGCAACAAUAACCUGUGGAACCCAGAAAUGGGCAAGGCUGGUACACCAUAUGCUCGAAAUGUCCCGCCAAUGAAGCCGAAAGGGCCCAACCUUCCCGAUCCAGAGUUGGUAUUUGAACAGUUGCUCAAGAGAGAUGAGAAGAAGUUCCGCGAACACCCUUCUGGGUUGAACAGGCUAUUCUUCUCCUUCGCCACGAUUGUCAUUCACGAAUGCUUUCAGACGAAUCGAGAGAAUCAAUGGAUCAACGAGACAUCCAGCUAUGUGGAUCUCAGUACGCUAUAUGGAAACACGGAGAAGGAACAGCCACGCGUGAGGACAUAUAAGGACGGCAUGCUGUACCCGGAUGCGAUCGCUUCGGAUCGUAUCAUGCUCAUGCCUCCUGGUGUCGUUGCACUGCUGGUCAUGUUCUCGAGAAAUCACAACGCCAUUGUGAAGAAUCUGUUGUCCGUCAAUGAGCAGGGCAAGUACAAGCCCUGGGACCAUUUGGAUGAGGAGAAGCAGAAAUGGUAGGCUUUCGCGAAAGGUGUACGAGGAAAGCGAGUAGGCUAAUACAAGACAGGCAAGAUGAAGACCUCUUUCAAAUCGGGCGAAACAUCAACGUCGGCUUCUUCGCGACCGUGGUCUUGAAAGACUACGUGGCCGCUAUCCUGAAUACGCCUCGCGCCGAUUCCACGUGGUCGCUCGACCUUGGAAAAGAGAUCAAAAACGCAGGACAACGAGUAGAGCGAGGAACAGGCAAUGUCGUCUCAGUCGAAUUCGCCGUCUUGUACCACUGGCACGCCGCCUUGAGUGCAGCAGAUGCCAAGUGGAUGGAAGAUCUGAUCAGGUGGCACAACCCGGAGAUGAAGUCUCUGGACGAGAUGACUCCGUUACAUUUUAGGAAAGUUGUCGAGGCAGAAGCGGUCAAGCUGAGAUCAACGCCGGGUGGUCCACCACGCUGGACAUUUGACAAGUACAAGCGUGGAGCGGAUGGGCGAUUCGACGAUGUUGAGCUCGCGGAACUGCUCAAGGAUUGUAUCGAGGAGCCUGCCCAUGCUUUCGGUGCUCACGGCACACCGGCCAGCUUGAAGGUUGUGGACGUCAUGGGUCAAUUGCAGGCGCGCAAUAUGUUCAACGUUUGCACUAUGAACGAGUAAGUUCACAUGGGUGGGCAUAGUCAUGCUCCGAUGUGGGACUGAUAGACUGCUAGGUUCCGUCAAUACCUCAACCUGAAGCCAUACGAAAGCUUCGAGGAAUGGUGCGAAGAUAGAGAGACUGCUCGCGCUGCUGAGUUGCUGUACAGCCACAUCGAUAAUCUGGAGCUCUACCCUGGACUUAUGGCUGAAUGUACAAAGCCUGCAAUGCCGGGAAGUGGUGUUUGCCCUGGCCAAACGACUGGCCGUGGUAUUCUGGACGAUGCUGUUGCGCUUGUGCGAGGCGAUCGCUACCUCAGCUACGACUUCAACAGCAAUACUCUCACGAACUAUGGCGUUUCAAAGCUUGGUGUCCUCCCGGGAGGCUCUUACGGCGGCAUGCUCCCUAGACUACUAUACACAGGUCUUCCGACGGCUUUCACGGGAACAUCAUCCUAUGCUCUCCUGCAGUUCUACACCCCGAAAGCAGCGAAAGAAAUCUUGAAAGCAAACAAGGUCCUGGGUCAGUACGACACGAAGAGGCCUCGCAGUGAUCUGUCGCUAGCGGCUGUGCAUACCUCUGAAGGCUGCAAAAACGUCUUUGAAGAUCGCGAGACCUUCAGAAUACUGAAUGGACAGAAGCCGCCUUCGCCGUCGCUCCAAAAGGUCUUCCUUGAGGACGGUGUCGAAGCCAAAAUAACCAGGUUCUUCAGCUCUGAUGCCGCGAAGCUGAUCAAAGCCCGUUCUCUCAAGUACCCCGGCUCCAGAAGAUCCAUCGACAUCGUGCGAGAUGUCACUAACGCCACACCGGUCCGCUGGCUUGCAGAGCGGCUGGCCAUCCCAAUCAAAACGAUGGAGUCGCCACGAGGCAUCUAUUCCAUCCCACAAGUCUUCGACAUCUUCCUCGGUAUCUUCUUCUACUCCCACCAGAACAUCCUACCCAUCAAUGAAUGGAAACUGCGCGAGGCAUCGACAACGAAAGGCGCCAACCUCAAGAAAAUCAUCGAAACGCACCUGAAGACUCAGUCCGGCUUCAAAGAGAGGAUCGUCGAUUUCGUGGAGAAGGGCUCGGCAUUCGAAGUUGGACCUGAUGCAGACAGGCUCUACCAUGCUCUCAACGACACGAAGCAGCCUAUCGCAAAUCUCGUCCAGGCAUGCGUCGAUUUCGCAGCACCCAUCGCAGCCACCAUCACGCAGCAAGCUUCUCUCCUCAUCGAUCUCUUCCUCACCCCACACUACAGCGAAUACAGAGAACGUAUCAUCGAACUCGCGCACAGAGACGAUGCAGCUUCCGAAGAAGAACUCCAAGGUUUCGUCUUCGAAGGUAUCCGGCACGCCGGCGCCAUUCCCGGCAUCCCACGUUGGGUCUCCAGAGACACCACGAUCCAAGACGGCGCCGCCGGCCAUCUCCAACUCAAACAGGGCCAGACCGUCCUCAUCGGCACGUCGCGAGCCGCGAUGGACCCCACUCUCUUCGCCGAGCCGGAGAAACUGAAUCCUCGCCGUCCGCGAGAGUUAUACAGCGUCUUUGGCAGCAGUCUGCCGGACCUGAAAGUGGUCGGGCCUGCGAUUGCGGCGAUGUUGAGGGAGGUGUUCAAGUUGAAGGGGCUCCGGAGGGCGAAUGGGAAGCAGGGAUGCUUUACGAUUGUGGAGAACGAUGUCGCGGGGUUGAAGAUCCGGCAGUAUUUGGAUGCCAAUGCUAAGGAGGUGGCUGCUCCUACGAGCUUGAUGGUGGAGUAUGAGGAGUAG